UAUACCCCAACACACAAGGGAUUGGGGGCUUUUUGUUGUUUUCAGAAAAUAUAUUUUACAUACUUACUUUUGAUACUAGUUUAUAUAGCAGACCCAGCUCCCAAAACUGCAGAGAAAAGCAUGGGGAGAAACAACCAGCAGUGGUCAGCUAAUGAAUGACCAUAGCAGACAGAAGUAAACUGCUGCUUAGAGCUGGUCAAAAAUUUUCUGACAAAACAUUUUUCCAUUGGACAACAUCAAUUCGUCAAAAUGAAAACACUCCAUAGAAAUGGGUCUGUUUGACCACAUUUUGUUUUGAUAACAACAUUUAAAAAAUAAGCAUUUCAAUAAGAGUCAACUCAAGACUCAAUAAGAGUCGGAACAGCAUAUUUUGAUUUUUUUCAUUUAGAAAUCUGUUUAUUGGUUGUGUCUAUAUUAUUUGUCUAUUGCAGUUCAGCCACUGCUCUGACCUGGAAUCCACUUUUUAUUUUUUCUUUUGAAAAUUUUUUCUCAGGAAACUUCCAAAGUUUUGAUUUUUAUUCCAAUCCAGAGGUCCCCGGCCCCCCAAACAUUGCAUUUCCAGUGGAACAGAAAUUCCUACUUUAUCUCGGUUCUAGGCCUGCCUCCACCCUCCUGAUGACACCUGUCUGGCCUUAGGAAACUGACCUCAAUGAAUAUUAAUAUUCUCAAUGGCUCCGCCUCUGGCAGUCUCCCAUGGCAGACACUGACCCACCCCCUCUCAGGCUCUUCACUUCCCGCCACCCCUCGGGGCCCAGUGCUGGCGGUGCGUCCCAGGGACUACACGUCCCAGCGUGCCUAGCGCGGCCUCCCGGAAGUCGCGUUGUGAGAGCGCGGCGGACUGAGUAGCGCACCGGCAUGGCGGCCCUCGGAGGGUCCCGGUGGCAGCGCUUGUGGCACCGCGCGGCAGCUCCUCUCGGGGUGCAGCGCCCAGGGCGCGCCCUGCUGGGGAGCCGCAGGUACGGCCAGGACGCGGGCUCAGAGGCCGACAAAAAGAAGUCAGAUGUCACAAAGCCUUGUUUUACGGAUGAACUUGUUCAGAGUUUACUCUCUAAGAUGACGGGGUUGGAUUUGCAGAAGAUUUUUAGACCCAUUAAACAGGAGCUUAAACCACCCACUUACAAAUUAAUGACAGAAAAACAGCUAGCAGAGGCCACAAGAAAAGCCAUUGGGGAAGCUAAAGAACUAUUAAAAAUGCCCCCUGUUCUGAGUGAGCGAGAGCCAAUUGAUGAUGUGUUGGCAGAAGACAGGAUCCUGGAAGGAACUGAAACUGUCAAAUAUGUGUUUACUGAUAUAACUUAUAGCACUCCACACCGUGAGCGUUUCAUUGUAGUUAGAGAACCAAGUGGUGUAUUACGUAAGGCCACGUGGGAAGAACGGGACAGGAUGAUUCAGGUGUACUUCCCGAGAGAGGGACGCAAACUCGUUCCACCACCAAUAUUCAAGAAUGAAAACCUUACGACUGUGUUUCGUGAGGACCGUCAUGAAGAUGUACUUAACCUGUGCAUUGCACAGUUUGAGCCAGAUUCAGCUAACUAUAUCAGAGUUCAUCAUCAGACAUAUGAGGACAUUGAUAAACAUGCCAAAUAUGAUCUUCUACGUUCAACAAGACACUUUGGAGGAAUGGUGUGGUAUUUGGUAAAUAGGAAGAAGACAGAUGGCUUAUUGAUCGAUAUGAUCCAGAGAAAUUUAAUGGAUGAUGCUACAUGCUUAAUCAACCUCUAUCAUAUGCUCCACCCUGACUGUCAAUCAGCAAAAGAAGCAAAAGAACAGGAAGUUCAUGGAGUAGAUUUAAUCAAGGUGUUCAUGAAAACAGAAUCAAAGAAGAUAGGAUAUAUAGAGCUGGCUCUUCAGGCUUAUCAAGAAGCACUGGCUAGUUCAGCAGCUUUGUGAAAUAAAAGGCUCAUUUAAUCAAGUGUUAAAUUUCAGGCUAUCAUUUUAACUUGUGGGAAAUACAAAAUGUGGCUAGUGCUGUAUAGAACUCUAAAAUAAACACAAGUGACUGAG